GUACACAACUCUAUUUUCCUGGUGGAGCAAAGAACCCGUGAUGCUGAAGUACCUAAGAAAGAACAACUGGGUGGACUCACACACUAAGGCUGUGAUCAUCAGUAUGAACUUCAUCAAUGUCGACUCCGGCCUGGCCACCAUUAUCGAGCAUGUUUAUGAGUUUAGACUGACCGGCAUCUUCAUGUACACAUACGACAUAUACACAUUUCCGCUGAAAAUCACACAAGGCAAGGAAUUCGCCCUCUCCUGCCUGGUCAUGUUCUUGGCAUUAUUGACAGCCUAUUUUCUUAUCAACGAGAUCAGAGCUUGCUACCAGACUGGAGCAUGGGAGUACUUCAAACAAAGCCAGUCUUGGUUUCUGAUCUUUGAACGGGUCUUAUCAGUGUCGGUGCUAGUCAUCUUCUUCUGGUUGCAGUCGGAUAGACAAGGCAAG